AUGCGCUUCUUCACUGCUGUCAUACUCCUUCUCGCUGGCAAAGGCAGAGUGUCUCUCGGGGCGCACACAGAGGCGCACUGCAAAUCCGUCACGUCGACGGCCACGGUCUGCAGCGCCUGCCGCCAGCUAAAGUGCCUCGCCAUCGAGACAAUCACCCUCUUCUUCGACUGCCCAUCUCCUGUGCCAACUACCACCACGGCGUACUCCUGCGCCGAGACCAAGUGUCCAGGCGGGUGUGCGUCCACUUCCUACGAAUUCGUGUCUCCUCCCGCCCGCGUCACUGAGGCGCCGAGAGCUGUCUCGCCCAAGCCCUCGUGCGGAGCCGUCACAUCCACCGGGGUGGUCUGUUCUACUUGCCGUACUCUGGAGUGUGUGUCGACCGAGUAUGUUACUGUUGGCCAUGGAUGUCCUAACCCGCCUGCGACGAGCCGGACUGCAUAUGAGUGCGGUGGGCAUUGCCCUACGGGGUGUGGGAAGACGUCGUACAUUACGGUCGCGACGUCUUUGGCCAAGUAG